GAGCCAUGCUCAUCAAAUUGUGGGUUCUGUAAUCUAUAGAGAAAAGAGAGACAGAGUGAUAUAAUGAGGAGCCACCAGGUUCGCCUGAAUUGUGGGAUUACCAUGCCAUUACUUGGACUAGGCACUUUUACCUUCCAAAAUGAUAGGGAGACAACAGAACUUGCCACCCAUAUGGCACUCAAGAUGGGUUACAGGCACUUCGACACUGCAAAGGUAUAUGGUUCAGAGGCAGCCUUAGGGAACGCUUUAACAGAGGCAAUUCUUGAUCAAACAGUGAACAGAGAGGACAUUUUUGUUACAUCUAAACUAUGGGGGUCCGAUCACCAUGAUCCAGUUUCAGCUCUCAAACAAACUCUUAAGAACUUGGGGAUGGAGUAUCUGGAUAUGUAUCUGGUGCACUGGCCAGUGAAGCUGAAGCCUUGGGUUUGUUAUCCUGUGCCCUGCGAAGAUGACUUUGAGAAGUUAGACCUCGAGUCCACAUGGGCUGGAAUGGAGAGAUGCUUGGAUUUGGGAUUGUGUAGGUGCAUUGGAGUCAGCAAUUUCUCCAGCACAAAGAUCGUACGGUUAUUGGAUUUUGCUUCUGUACCUCCAGCUGUCAAUCAGGUGGAAAUGCAUCCAAUGUGGCGGCAAGCCAAGCUUCGAGGGGUCUGUGCAGAUCACAAAAUCCAUGUAAGCGCUUAUUCACCACUUGGUGGGCCUGGGAAUUCAUGGGGAACGACUGCUGUGGUUGAAAGCCCAAUCAUAAAAUCCAUUGCUCUCAAACACCAAGCAACUCCAGCUCAGGUUGCUUUGAAGUGGGGAUUAUCUAAAGAGGCUAGCGUGAUUGUGAAGAGCUUCAAUCAGAACAGGUUGAAGGAAAACAUGGAGGCAUUGGAUAUCAAAUUGGACGAUCAAGAUCUCGUUGACAUUGACAAAUUGGAGGAGAGGAAGAUCAUGAGAGGUGAGGUUUACGUUAACGAGACAACAAGUCCAUACAAGACGAUUGAAGAUCUUUGGGACGAUGAAAUUUAAUGGACCUACAAUGUUCUAGUACCUGGUUGGCUAUUUCCCGUUGUCAAUGUAUCAGCUACCAAGGAUCCGUCUGUAUCUUUUCACCUUCCUGUUGCCCCUUCUCAUCUCUUAUCAUGUCAGAACGGCAAAUCAGGCAAGGUAGCUGUUCUAGGGUAGUACAGAGUUACAUAAUACCACCAAGUGGAACAUUCGUGCACCCUUGCCCCUCCCUUAUUUGAAAGAAAACAUGUAUGCUAAAGAGUGUAUUCGAUUAUUCUGUCUAUAAAGGUAUCUUUUGUAUUGCUCAACCAAAAAAAGUAUUUCCCACAUACCAUGCAGAAGUUUAAUCCAGAAAAAAGUUAGAUAUUUCCCAGUAAAAUUGAAAGGGGGGAAAAAAAAAAGGGAAAGAACACAGCUAAAACAAGAUAGCAUGCCAGCACCACACAUACACUUGCAAAGUAUGCGCAAUUUCUCUGUAAACACUAGAAGUAGA